AUGGAAGAAAGAAAAAGAAGAAAAAAAACAAGAUCAAGAUAUUGGCUGGUGAUGAAAGCCCACGAUCCAAAAUCCAACAAGGGUAAAUCACUACAAGCAGCAGAUAUCAUCAGAUUCAAUUUCUCACAAAAAUCCACAAUAUUCAUCGUUCCCAUCCUUAAAGGUAAACACGAUCAAAAUCACGAAUCAAUUCGACCUUUCUCUGCUUCGCUUUCGCUCUCCUUCUCCCCUUCUUGCUUGUUGCGACUCGCUUUCAUCCGUUCGUUUGGUCGUUUUCCCCUACGUCUCGGCUUCGCCGUUCAAUCUUUGCUUCUUCUUCCUCUUCUGGUGGAUGGCUUAAUGUUCUUCUUCUCCUUUUUUUGA